AUGUCAACAAAAAUUAAAAGUAAAGUUAAUAUCAAUGUAUCUGAAGACGUAAUAGAUAUACCAGGUAAUAAAUUAUUAGAAUGGUUAUUAGAUAGAAAGAAAAUAGCACAACAUUGGAAAAGAUCACAAUCAUCAUUACUUCAAUUAAUAAAUGAUGCAUGUGAACAAACUUUAAAAGAAAAAAAUUUCGAGCAAUUACCAGGAGGAAACACAAAGACUUUAUUUGGUAACUAUUCAAAUCCAAAUACUCAAAAAUGGUAUGAAGUAAUUAAAACAUACGAAAAAGACUACUACCACAUUGCAGAAUCUUGUCAAAUAUUUACAAACAAUUUAAAUUAUGAAAUACCAGCAUUAAAAAAAACAAUUGAAAAAUCAAUAAAGGUUUUAGAAGAAGAUUCAAAGAAAUCAUAUGAAAAAACUAAAAAUACUUCAAUUAAUACAUUUAAAAAAGCUUGCAGUGAUUUAGGUAUUACAGGUGAAAAAAUUAGAGAAGAAAUUUUAGAACUACCAUUUCAAUUAAAUUCAAUAUUUGACGAAAUUUCAAAACAAUUAUUAAAUAAUGAACAAAUUAAAAGUGCAAUAGAAUAUUAUAAAGAUAUAUUAAAUUUAACAAAUGUAGUAUUAGAAGAAAAAGAUAAUCCAUUACCAUUAUUAUCAUUCUUAAUAAAAUAUGGAAAUAUAACAAUGAUUGAAAGAGAAACCAUUUUAAACCCAAACAAACAAAUAGAAAAUAAUAAAAAUAAUAAAAAUAAUAAUAAUGAUGAUAAAAACAAUAGUAAUAAUAAUAAUAAUAACAAUAUAGAAAUUGAUUGGUGUAUGGAUAUUAAAUCUGAGGAAAAUAGUGAUCAACCAAAUAUUGUUUGGGAAGAUAAUUUAGAACCAUUAACUGAAUCAAAUUCACAAGCAAUUCAAUGGGGUGACGAUUUUUCAAUGAAUACUAUUGAAAUUGUAGAAGAAUCUUCAAAUGACUUUGAAAUUACAUUAGAAGAAAGUAGUAAUGAUCAAUUUAAAAUUGAAAGUAAUAAUGAAACAAAUAAUAAAAAAGAAGAAAAACAAGAAAAAGAAAAAAAAGAAAUACAAGAAUCAUAUGACCCAAAUGAAACUAUUUUAUCCUAUAGACCAUUAAGAAAUCAAUUUUUAGAUGAAUUAUACCAAUUAGAUAUAUUUUUAAAUAAUAGAAUAAACGAAAUUGAAAAAUCAUCUUCAUCAGUAUUUGAUCAAAUAUUAAAUGAAGACUCUGUAACAAGUGCUCAAUGUAAAGAAUAUUCAAAUAUUUUAAAUCAAAUUUUAAAUAAAUUAACAAAUAACAGAGUUAGACAAAUAUUAGAGAUAAAGUCAAGUAAAAAAUUUAUUGACCGUUUAGUAGUUCAAUUCACACAAAAACAACAAGCAAUAUCAAAAAAUAACCAAUCAAUCAAGGAUAAUGAAGAGAAAAUUGAAAACUUGAAUUUAAUUUUAGGGGAAUCAAAGAAUAAGAUCGAUCUAUUAAAUAAAGAAACUAGAAUUUUAAAAUCAAAUUUAGAACAAUUAAUAUCAAAUAAUUUAUUUGAAAAGAAAAAGAUCAAUUUAAUGAUACCAUAUAAUUUAAAUUAA